AUGCCUCAACAGUGGCAAGUUCACCAAAGAAUCACAAAUGCAUCACGGCAAUCUCCCGAAGCCCUUGUCAACCUUGAACUCCGAGACGUUCCCAAGCCUGUUCCUGGACCGAAAGAAACCUUAGUUCGUAUCCACGCAGUCGCCCUCAACGCCCGGGACCUCCUCGUUUUGACCUCCUCACCCCUUUAUCCCGUGCCAACUUCUGCGGGUCUAGUACCCUGCAGUGAUGCCGCAGGCAUCGUAGAAGAACUCGGCACAGAUUCCGUUUGGAAAGCAGGUGAUAGGGUGAUCUUGCAUCCCAACACCUGGCUCAAUGGACGAGACGAGAGAGGCUUUGACAUUACGAAAGCCUUUGGUGCGGGCACGGUGGCGGGGACUUUGACAGAGUAUAUGGUCGUUGGUGAUGAGAGACUGAUCAAAGUUCCUGAGCAUCUGAGCUUGGAGGAAGCGAGCGUGUUGCCUACUGCUGGGAGCACGGCUUGCCAUUCGCUUUUCUUUGUGCCAGAGCAGCCAGUUGGGGAUGGUACAUGGGUUCUGGUUCAGGGAACUGGUGGUGUUAGUACCAUCGCUAUCCAGCUUGCAGCGGCAGCCGGUGCGACUGUUAUUGCUACCUCUAGUUCCGACGAGAAGCUUGCGCUUUCGAAGCAGUUAGGCGCCCACCAUACAAUCAACUACCGACACACUCCAAACUGGGAGGAAGAGGUGACGAAGAUGACCGAUGGCAAAGGCGUGGAUUUUGUACUCGACGUUGGUGGAGCAGGGACCAUUGAGCAUUCGUUGGGUAGUCUCCGGCAGGGCGGGAUCGUGUCCAUUGUAGGUAUUUUGACGCCAGCGAAGGAGAUUGAUAUCGUUCCGGCGAUCCUCUAUGGUGCAAAGACAGUGCGAGGACAACUGGGUUCGAGCAAGACGAUGAGCGAGGAAUUAGUCCGGAGAGUAGACGCUGACAAGAUCCGCCCUGUUAUUGCAAAGACUUUCGAAUGGAGAGAAGCGAAAGAUGCUUUUGAGUUGUUGAUGAAUCAGUCUGAAGUGGGAAAGAUAGUUGUCAAGGGAGUCACUGCUGGGUCUGCGUGA